AUGAUUUCCUGGGCUCAAGAGCACGGCGAGAUCAUCCGCGUCGUUCUUGGACCUAACACUGAGUACGUUAUCAAUUCCGAUCGCGCUUGUGCAGCAAUCUUCCAAAAGAACGCCGCAGUCUCAUCUGAACGACCCGCCUGGCUUGUCGGUCAGAAAUACAUCACCAACUAUGAGAGUAUGGAUCUUUUGGAUGCCAGCAACCCCCGAUGGAAGCACUUCAGAAUCUUACCAGCGUUCAGCGAGCUCAAGACGGUUUGCCAUUUCUAUAUCACGAAACGCUGA